GGGCUCAGAAUUCCAACCCGGAAACCCAGCCGGCGGAGCGGGUUGGGGGCGGGAAAGUAGAUGUGCCUGGGCUCCGAGCGCAUGCGCGAACCCUGCCCGGACCGUUUGUGCUGCUCUCCCAGAAAGGGUAGGGGUGGUGGUUUGCCUGACGGACCGAGUACGGGUGCCGGGCGGGCUCUCGCGGAAGUCCAUGCGCCAUUGGGAGGGCCGCAGUGGCUUCUCGGUGUCCUUGUUGCCCAGGGCCCUUUCCUGGGUUCUUCCUGGAGCAGGAGCCGGACUGGGACUGACACCCGGCUCCCGCGUGGCCGUCUCAGCGCCGGUGCGACCUCCUCGCUGGAGGGAUGUGGCGUCUACGCCGGGCCGCCGUGGCCUGUGAAGUCUGCCAAUCCUUAGUGAGACAUAGCUCUGGAAUAAAAGGAAGCCUGCCACUACAAAAAGUGCAUCUGAUUUCACGAAGUAUUUACCAUUCACAUCAUCCUACUUCAAAGCUUCAAAGAACCCAAUUCAGGACAUCAUUUCAUCAGUUUUCCUCUCUAUCUAACCAUCCUUUACGUAAAUUGAAACUUUCUCCGAUUAAAUAUGGCUACCAGCCCCGCAGGAAUUUUUGGCCAGCAAGAUUAGCUGCGAGACUCUUAAAACUUCGAUAUCUCGUACUGGGAUCUGCUGUUGGGGGUGGUUAUACAGCCAAAAAGACUUUUGAUCAGUGGAAAGAUAUGAUACCAGACCUUAGUGACUAUAAAUGGAUUGUGCCUGACAUUGUUUGGGAAAUUGAUGAUUAUAUCGAUAUAGAGAAAAUUAUAAAAUCCCUUCCUAAUUCAGAGGACCUUGCAAAGUUGGCUCCUGACUUUGACAAGAUUGUUGAAAGCCUCAGCCUAUUGAAGGACUUUUUCACCACAGGUCACAAAUUGGUUAGUGAAAUCAUAGGAGCUUCUGACCUACUUCUCUUGUUAGGUUCAUCUGGAGAAACCACAUUUAGAGCAACAGAUCAUGGACCUGAAAGUGACAAGCAUUAUAGAAAGGGUCUGCUUGGUGAGCUCAUUCUCUUACAACAGCAAAUUCAAGAACAUGAAGAGGAAGCACGCAGAGCUGCUGGCCAAUAUAGCACGAGCUAUGCCCAACAGAAGCGCAAGGUGACAGACAAAGAGAAAAUUGACCAACUUCAAGAAGAACUUCUACAUACCCAGUUAAAGUACCAGAGAAUCUUGGAACGGUUGGAAAAGGAGAACAAAGAACUGAGAAAAUUAUUGUUGCAGAAAGAUGACAAAGGCAUCCAUCAUAGAAAGCUUAAGAAAUCUUUGAUUGACAUGUAUUCUGAAGUUCUUGAUGUUCUAUCUGAUUAUGAUGCCAGUUAUAAUACACAAGAUCAUUUGCCAAGGGUUGUUGUAGUUGGAGAUCAGAGUGCUGGGAAAACCAGUGUGUUGGAAAUGAUUGCUCAAGCACGAAUAUUCCCACGAGGAUCUGGGGAGAUGAUGACACGCUCUCCAGUUAAGGUGACUCUGAGUGAAGGUCCUCACCACGUAGCAUUGUUUAAAGAUAGUUCUCGAGAGUUUGAUCUUACCAAGGAGGAAGAUCUUGCAGCAUUAAGACAUGAAAUAGAACUACGAAUGAGGAAAAAUGUGAAAGAAGGCUGUACUGUUAGCCCUGAGACCAUAUCCUUAAAUGUAAAAGGCCCUGGACUGCAGAGGAUGGUGCUUGUUGACUUACCAGGUGUGAUUAAUACUGUGACAUCAGGCAUGGCUCCUGACACAAAGGAAACUAUUUUCAGUAUGAGCAAAGCUUAUAUGCAGAAUCCUAAUGCCAUCAUCCUAUGCAUUCAAGAUGGAUCUGUGGAUGCUGAACGCAGCAUUGUUACAGACUUGGUCAGUCAAAUGGAUCCUCAUGGAAGAAGGACGAUAUUUGUUUUGACCAAAGUAGACCUGGCAGAGAAAAAUGUGGCUAGCCCAAGCAGGAUUCAGCAGAUAAUUGAAGGAAAACUCUUCCCAAUGAAAGCUCUAGGUUAUUUUGCUGUUGUAACAGGAAAAGGAAACAGCUCCGAAAGCAUAGAAGCAAUAAGAGAAUAUGAAGAAGAAUUUUUUCAGAAUUCAAAACUCCUAAAGGCCAGCAUGCUAAAGGCACACCAGGUGACUACAAGGAAUUUAAGCCUUGCUGUAUCGGACUGCUUCUGGAAAAUGGUACGAGAGUCAGUUGAACAACAGGCUGAUAGUUUUAAAGCAACACGUUUCAACCUUGAAACUGAGUGGAAGAAUAACUAUCCUCGCCUGCGAGAACUUGACCGGAAUGAACUAUUUGAAAAGGCUAAAAAUGAAAUCCUCGAUGAAGUUAUCAGUCUGAGCCAGGUUACGCCAAAACAUUGGGAGGAAAUCCUUCAGCAGUCUUUGUGGGAAAGAGUAUCAACUCAUGUGAUUGAAAACAUCUAUCUUCCAGCUGCACAGACCAUGAAUUCAGGGACUUUUAAUACCACAGUGGACAUCAAGCUCAAACAGUGGACUGAUAAACAGCUUCCUAAUAAAGCAGUAGAGGUUGCUUGGGAGACACUACAAGAAGAAUUUUCCCGCUUCAUGACAGAACCAAAAGGAAAAGAGCAUGAUGACAUAUUUGAUAAACUGAAAGAGGCUGUUAAGGAAGAAAGUAUCAAACGCCACAAGUGGAAUGACUGUGCAGAGGACAGUUUGAGGGUUAUUCAACAUAACGCUUUAGAAGACCGGUCCAUAUCUGAUAAACAGCAGUGGGACGCAGCUAUUUACUUCAUGGAAGAGGCUCUUCAGGCUCGUCUCAAGGACACUGAAAAUGCAAUUGAAAACAUGGUGGGUCCAGAUUGGAAAAAGAGGUGGCUGUACUGGAAGAAUCGGACCCAAGAACAGUGUGUUCACAACGAAACCAAGAGUGAAUUGGAGAAGAUGUUGAAAUGUAAUGAGGAACACCCAGCCUAUCUUGCAAGUGAUGAGAUAACUACAGUCCGGAAGAACCUCGAAUCCCGAGGAGUAGAAGUAGAUCCAAGCUUGAUUAAGGACACUUGGCACCAAGUUUAUAGAAGACAUUUCUUAAAAACAGCUCUAAACCACUGUAACCUGUGUCGAAGAGGCUUUUAUUAUUAUCAAAGGCAUUUUGUAGAUUCUGAGUUGGAAUGCAAUGAUGUUGUCCUAUUUUGGCGAAUACAGCGCAUGCUUGCAAUCACGGCAAAUACUUUAAGACAACAACUUACAAACACUGAAGUCAGACGAUUAGAGAAAAAUGUUAAAGAAGUACUGGAAGAUUUCGCUGAAGAUGGUGAGAAGAAGGUUAAGUUGCUCACUGGUAAACGAGUCCAACUGGCUGAAGACCUCACUUCAGCACUGAAGGCCUUUUGACAAACCAAUAUUUAUAACAGUUUGACAGCGGGAUGAGGAACAGCAUUUGUCUUUGUAACAGCUUGAAGAAAGACCCUUUCCAGGACCCAGUCAUGCAGUUACAAUCUUGACCUCUUUCUUAUGCUGGGAACAUACAUACAGCAGCAUGUGUUUUCUUGUCCCAUUGACUGUCCAUUCACUUCCCAUCUGUUUUGCAGCCUUAAAGGAACAGAAGGGGCCCUCUUCUUAUAAAUCUGUCUUUGCAAGUGAUAAAUGAUGUCCUGUCUCUUUAAGGGCUGCCUGGGUGGUUUUCCUUUUCUUAAAGU